GACAUUUUAUCAGAUCCCUCCCCUCCGGCCUUCAGGCCAACUCGGCGUUUGUUGGAGCGAUCAACGUAGUUAGCUGCAAGGUCAAAAUGUUUAUUUGCAAGCUGCUCCCACUCUAAUAGUAACGGCGGGGAAAUAAAAACGUGAACAAAUAUGUUUAAGACACUAGUAUCCUUUACUGUAAAAUUUGACGGGCUCUCUGAAUCUCACGAUUAAUACAAUCGUUCAUUUUGUACAAAAGGCUGGAAAAACUCAGUUGUAGAGAGAACUUUUCGAGUUUAGAAUAAUUUCUUCAGAACGCAUUAAUUUUUUUCAUAAAAAUAUUCGAUGAUCACAUAUUUAAGGGCAUUAAAUAUUCGAGAUUUACGUUGUUUGAAUGCAUGUUUUUUUUCCAUGUGAGCUAUAGUAUGGUGGUGUGCUAACAUUCAGCACGCUCCCUCUGUGCUCUGUUUUAAUGACACCUGUACAACGUACACCGCCAGGCCUGCUCCAUAUAUUCAGAGCUUAAGAGCGAUUAAUUUCUUUGCUUACGUUGAGGGCUGGUGCAGAUUUGAAACAUGCGAUGGGGAAGGAUGGUUAAAACCCCAUUUCAUAUAUCACAGGCUCCACACUGAUGUACAGGACUGUAAUUCCACUUUCAAGACCUUAACCAUAAAACAGGACGCGUUCCUUUUACCGACAACGUUGGAGCAAUUUCGCCCCAGAGUGGCUCUUAGAUAGAUCCUGUCGUGGGCUCAGGUUCCUCAGCUCGGAGUAGGAAAUAUAAAAUAUAAAAGAUUUGUAUGGCCCGUGGUCCUAACCUUGUCGAAUCCAAAUAAACAUGUAGCCUUAAUAACAGGCCAGAUUCUCUCUCUCUCUCUGCCUUUGGUUUCGCUUCGCUGUUCGAAAGAAGACUUUCUCCGAAGGUUUAUUUAACAAGUGCCUACUGAGACCCCGUUUUCAUGUCAACAAAACCGUGCAGCCCCUCCCCUGCAGAAAUGGGCUGUGUAUACAAAAAAAGAUUUAUCCGCUAAUGUCGUCGAUUCGUCCCCAACUUUAUCGAUCGAUCUGUUUAUUGGGAAGGGGGAGAGGGGGGUAAACGGGUGUUCACAUUUUCAGUGAUUUUUAUGCGGGAAAUUUGUGAACACAUUAUUGUGAAGAACCUGCCACAGUUUCCGUUCAAUGUAAUUUUCAGGAUGCAAUUAACCAACUCAUUCAAUUACCACUUCAGAUUUAAAGUUUUUUAAAAAUUAAAAUACAGAAUCAGACGCCUUUUAAAUUUGGAAUGAUCACUGUCUGGGAGUUGAAUCAACUAAGGUAAAGUUUAUACUUUAAGAAGCUGAGAAAUUGGUUUUAACCGUGGCUGACGUUUCUGUCGGAGUGAUAAGGUAGGAGUGAAGAUUAUACUCCUUUCGGUUAACUAUGGACACUUUUAGCCAGCUUUCUGAGAGAUUAAAGCGGCCAUAUUGGGUAAAUGUGCAAUUCUAAACGUUUAGAAAUUGUCUACACUUAUACUUCUGCAUUAAGCUUCAUCCCUCAGUGAACAGUAAAGAUAUCGGACUGGAAAGUAAUUUACAAUUGCUCUGAACGGAAAGCAAACCAGAGUCUCUACUAACUGGGAAUUAAGCGAUGGACAGUACACACUCCAUAUUAUUGAGGAAAACAUUCGUUAGUAUCCUUCCAUUGGUAAAGACGUGCCCAGGUCAUUACGUAUAUUUCUUGCCCUGGUGAGAAAUGAUUUGUAUUUUUUUUGAUAAAUCUACUCAGUAUUCACUUUCGGGCCACCAGGAAAACAUCUAUUCUUUUAUUUUCGUUUUUAUUCCGCCAAGUGCUAUCGAUUUUUUUCUACCAAUGACGGAACAAGAUUUAAUUCAGUUUAUAAUUCCCAGGAUCAAACUGUUGACAAGAAAACACAAACAGAUUCAAAAAGAGAGCCCAUUGCUUUUGCGCGAUUUCAGUUUCACACUAACAGUCAGAACACAUUUCGCCUCCGGCCUGUUUGAAUGAGGGCUUAUUUUAGGGGCAAAACAUGGGCCACCCCCAGCAGCAUUGCACUCAAAUCUCAAUUUAUUAAUUUUUUUAAGCGAACAUCACGAGAAUAACCAGAAGUUGCCACGGAGAUCGGACUAGGAAAAUGUAGCUGCCAGAGGGUUUUUUUUGGGAGAGGGUAACUGUUCCCUGCUAGCCAAAAGGAGAGACAGAAUCUGACAUUGCUGCGUCUGGUAGCGACACAUAUUUAGGGGGUGGGGGUUGGUGAAGGGGUGUUGUCAGAAGGAGCUUUGGGGCAAUAAAACUGCAGUAAAGUGUCGCCCAGGACUUGUUGUGUCCUAGCGAGACAUUCGCGCCCUCCCGAAGGGAUAUUGUUUCAACAAUCCGUUUGAACUAUUACUCCCCAAAACAAAAUACCCAGAGUCGCUCAGUUCGUAAUUGUAGAUCCAUGCACUCUGUACAUAUGUAUAAUACGACGGUGUGUAGUAGUCGCUAUUUUAUUUUGAUGCUUUAAUUCCCAGAAACCAAAAUGGUCGAAAUGUUGAAAACAAAAAUGAACAAAAGAAAGUUCAUUUAUUUGAAACAAACGCAACACAUUUCCAGCUGGACUUGCCUGAAGUGAGGCUAAGGGAAAUUGUGCACGUGCUAACUCGACUUGAAAUCUUUGAAUAAUUCCAAACGAUAUAUCUUUUAAGCCUCAUUGCAGCACAUAGUAUAAUUCAAGAUUUGAAUUUAUCCUCUCCACCUCUCAAAAAUAAAUUGUAAAUCUGCAACCAUGAACUAAUCCUUCUGACAGUUUGGAAAGCUGGUGACUGACAGGAUCUCUCGAAGCCUGGGAGCAGACAGGCUACAAACAGUGAAACUGCUUCACCUUUCACAGAGUGAAGCGAAUACUCCAGUCCCUUGGAAUUAUGGUCAGCAGCUUGUCAGACCAUGGCAAAAAUCUACCAGAAAUAACUCAACAGUCAAAGGAUCCCAAUCUAAAUGAAACGAAAACAAUCAUGUUCAACAAGACUGUUCGAAACAAGUCAAAUUCAACCUCUCAGGCUCAUCAUUUCUUUGGGGGAAGGAGAGUGGAUUAUGUUACACAGGGUAGCGUGUUUGUUAGGAAUACCCUUAAUAUUACCAAUAGCCUUUACACAAUGCAAAGACCCAUCACCAAGCGCCUCAUUGACCAGCCGCUGUCCCUGUUCUAUUGCAUUUUCAUUUCAUCACCCUCCGAAAUCAGACCUUGGACUAAUUUACUCUGCAAUCGAUCGCUUGUCCCGUUCACAAUCGCGAAAACCCCAAUGAAUUUUUAGUUUAUUAAAGGCGAAAUUCAACGUUUCUGAGCUGAUGUGCGUGAGGGGCAGAGAGAGACAGAGAGAAAAAAGGUGAGCAAGUUUUCUUUUACCAUUUCUCCUCGUAUUUAAUGGCUGUCGGUCCUCUUUUUUUCUCGUUCCCCCAACCCCCACUCCCCCAGUUUUUAUAAAAAUACCCAAUUUCUCCGAUUCCGCUGGUAGUUUAAGCAGACUCUGGACUUUGCUGCAUGGCGCGGUCCAAAGUUCACGGUUUUGGAAAGGUGCGGAGCGAUAAAUAGAAGCGAAUUAAAGGUGGCACGUUCAAAUGUAAACACAAUGAGCCGGAGUUCACAUUGUGCCGGCUCCUCCAACGCACUCUGCUGCACUCCGUGGCGAUUUGCAUAUCGCUAAGACCUUUUUUUCUGCCCUCCCACAACCAGCAACCACCAACACACAUACACACACACACCCCCAACCCUACAGACUUCCGUCUAUUUGCAUAUUCUUAUAAUCUCUUCUCAAAGAAAGAUCAUGGCAGUUUAGGACAGUCUGCGGGAAACCGAUGAUCCACGCUCUCUUCUUGAAUAAUACUUUUUUUGAGUUUCGCAAGGCUGCGGAUCCGAUUGGUCUGUCUCUCUCUCUGUCUGUAUAUAUUCUCUUACACACACACACACACACACACACACACACACACACACAAAAAGCCCCUUUGAUUUAUUUGGAACAUGGUGUCCAAAUUGACAUCUCUCCAGCAAGAGCUGCUCAGCGCUUUACUAAGCUCCGGACUUUCCAAAGAUGUCUUGAUCCAGGCUCUCGAAGACCUGGAGCCCUCUCGUAGCUUCGAGGUGAAGCUGGAGAAUCUGCCCGUGUCCCCGCUCAAGAUGAACGGCUCGGUGGCGGCGGCGGCGGCGGCGGCGGACAGCAAAGCCGUUUUCCACAGCCUGGCCAACGGUCACAGCAAAGGCAAACUAUCCGGGGACGAAGCCUCCGAAGACGGUGACGAUUACGACACCCCCCCGAUCCUCAAGGAGCUGGAGUCCCUGAACACCGAGGAAGGAGCCGAGCAGAGGGCUGAGGUGGACAGGAUGCUCAGGGAGGACCCAUGGCGAGCAGCGAAGAUGAUCAAAGGUUACAUGCAGCAGCACAAUAUUCCACAAAGGGAAGUGGUGGAUGUGACAGGUCUCAAUCAAUCUCACCUCUCACAGCAUCUCAACAAAGGCACCCCAAUGAAAAAUCAAAAGCGGGCUGCUCUCUACACCUGGUAUGUUAGGAAGCAACAAGAGAUUCAGAGACAAUUCAACCAGACUAUCCAGAAUACUGGAAACAAUAUGACAGACAAAAGCAGGCCAGAUCAGCUGCUGUUUCUCUUUCCAGAGUUCAAUCAGCAAGACCAGGGGCAGGGCUCGGAGGUGGGCACUGAGCCUGCUAACAAGAAGAUGCGUCGCAACAGGUUUAAAUGGGGACCAGCAUCUCAGCAAAUAUUGUACCAGGCUUAUGAGAGGCAGAAGAACCCCAGCAAGGAGGAACGGGAGGCACUGGUAGAGGAGUGCAACAGAGCUGAAUGCAUACAACGUGGUGUCUCCCCUUCUAAAGCUCAUGGACUGGGAUCAAAUCUGGUUACAGAAGUCAGAGUGUAUAACUGGUUUGCCAAUCGAAGGAAAGAGGAAGCUUUCCGUCAGAAACUUGCCAUGGAUGCAUACAAUGUUCAGUCUCACAGCAUCAACCCAUUGCUGUCUCACAGCUCCCCGCACCACCCACAGCCGAACUCAUCCCCCUCGAGUAAGCACGGCCACUCGCUGCCCGGCGUCUUCCUUCAUGAAGGAAGUCAAGGUUCUCCUGGCUAUGAACAUCUCCACAACCAUCAGUGCCCCAACAUGGCCAGCUGGCAGGAGGUGCUACUCAGUCAGGGCGUGCGAUAUGGCCAGCAAGGGACCAGUGAAGUCUCCUCUUCCACAGCAAUCAGCCACCAUGGUAACAGCGCCAUGGUAACAAGCCAAACAGUUUUACAGCAAGUCUCGCCAGCAAACCUGGACCCAAGCCACAGUCUGCUGUCACCUGAUGGCAAGAUGAUCACCGCUACAGGUGGACCUCUGCCUCCAGUCAGCACAUUGACAAAUAUCCACAGCUUGUCACAACCUCCACAUCACAAUCACCAACAAACACAGAAUCUCAUCAUCAACCCCCUCUCUGGAGUUAUGGCGAUAGCACAAAGUAUAAGCACAUCCCAGGGGCAGAGUGUUCCUGUUAUUAACAGCGUGACAGCAGGUAGCCUGGCAGCUCUACAACCUGUGCAGUUUUCACAGCAACUUCACAGUCCGCAUCAGCAGCCAAUCAUGCAGCAGUCUCAGAGUCACAUGUCGCAGCAACCGUUCAUGGCCACAGUGACCCAGCUGCAGAACUCUCACAUGUACACACACAAGCCAGAUCCUCCUCAGUAUUCCCACACUACACGUUUUCCAUCAGCCAUGGUCGUCGCGGAUACGGGCAGCAUCAGUGCACUAGCGAGCAUGUCCUCCAGCAAGCAGGUUUUGAAAGGGCAAACAGUGACAGAUUGUCUCCACUGGUUGGUGAAUCGGUAACUAAAGGAAAUAAGCUCAGGAUUAUGACCAGAAGAACCAAGUGUCCUCUUCAAGCCUGGUGAUGCUCCACUCAUCUCCUCUCUUCUAAUCCUGGGAUAACAGCAUUAAGAAGAAAAACAAAAUGGCUGCCAAAAACCACCUUUCUGGUAUCAAGGGAGACCGGGGAGGGGGGAGGUUUCUAUGGAAAACCUCGCUGAGCCAGCCAGUACAUGGAACAAUUUUAUGGAGCUGUCCAAGACUGGCCUCCUCUGUAGCUAAAUUCUUUAGCAGACUGACAGAGAACACAUUGCAAAAGAGAAAAUCUGACCCAAACCGUACCUUGAAAUUCCUGCUGGAACAGUAUUUUCCCAUUCACCACUUGUGUCUUAUCUCAGAUUGUGCUCUGGCUUGCACAGGCCUCACGCAAGAACAAAAAUCGGGAAAGAAUUUUAAAGAAUUGGGGUUUGUCUUAGGAACUCACCUGCCCAGCAAAUUCUUUUUCUUUCUAGAAAAUUUACAGUCAUAACAAAACACCUUUUUAUCUGUUACUGGAAGUUUGAAGCAAGAACACUUUGUACAGUUUAAUCAAAUUCGAACUGUGAAUAUUAAAUGAAGGCAGAUUAUAGUUAAGUUCUAAAAAGGGACAGCCUAGAAAAUGAACAUAAAAAGCCUUGAUUGACCUGAUUAAGUGCACUUCCUGGGAUGGGCAACAUCUCCAAGGGAUGCGUUGGCUGCAAGUAAAAGUGCCAAAUGGACCUAGGCAUUGAACAAACGCAAAGAAGGAAACAGGGUUUCCCCAGCUGGUCUCCAGGGAUUUUGAAUGAUUUUGAAGUGAAUAGCCCCCUUUGAAGCUGGGAUGAAACCUAAUUGGUAUUCCUCGAAGCACAGCACUGCCUCAUAAUGAUGGCAGUGAUUUGACAGAAGGAGAAACAGAUUGAAUUCAAUCAACGUUGAACUUCUUAGUUUGCAAGGUGGCACACCUUUGCGGAAAAGGCAAUGACACGGGGAUUUGCAAUGAAAGCAAUUAUUGUGGAGGUUUGAUCAUCAUCCCAAAGCUUUGUCGGUCGAUCAUUCCAGAUCACAUUCACCAUUUUGGGGCUCCUGUUCAAUAUUGAUGUUUCCGAAAGGAAUGGGUGGAAAUUGUUCUGGUGUAUGGAUUAAUUAACUGGAAACCAGCCUAUUCGAUAUGUGGUAUCCAGUACUUUCUGCAAUUGUUUCAUAAUCACCGAUGACUGGUAGAUUUGGUGAUGAAUGCAGUCAAAUAUUUGUCCGUUUCCUAUGUACUUUAAAAUCCAAUAAUGCUGUCAACCAUUUCAUUCCCAUGAUGACAUUAGGUUCCACUUGCAAUACAGUGAACAGGUUUUAGACUUGAAUUCCCUCUUUAUCAGUCAUAACAUUGACCAACGCCCAGUUGAAUCCCGAAAUAACUCAGCUGGUAGACUGUUUUGCUUGUUUACUCUCCAUGAAGUAUAUUUUACCAUGAACUUUGCCACAGUAAAUUGGGGGAAAGACCAACAAUCAGAAAUGCAUUCAGAUUUAUUCUACUCUUUCUGAAUUUUCCCAGCACAGAUCGGAUCAUUUUCAGAAAGUUAUUUCAGGUGAAUGCAGCAUAGAAUGUUUGAAUGUGGCUGUUGCCAUUCAGCUGUAACAGAAAUGCAAGUGUUGGAAUGUGAAGUUGGUCUGAAUUUGGAUUUCGAUUCGAGUUCACAUUUUUGAUUCUGAUUUUGUCAUAAUUAGCACCCUGUUGAAAGCUGUACAAAACAAUUUUUCACAAUCAUCAAAGUCCUCAUGCACCCAAAGAAUAACAGUAGAAUUCAAUCCUUCCCUAAAAACAAAUCUACAAAUUUUUUGUCUGGCGAGAACCUUGUGGCGCAGAAGGUAUCACCACUGCCUCUGGUUCAAGUCUCAGUCCUGACCAUGGAAGAAAGGUUCACGAUUUGGUUCAAACAAAUUGAGAAUCAGCCAGCUAACCCUUUCAAACCUUCACCUUUGUCCUGCCAAAAGGGAAAAGAAGAGUGCACAGAGAUACAAAAUACACAAACCAUCUCUCCAGCUUGCAGGGACCCCUAGGAUGUUUUAAAAAUUCUACCAGUUUUUCUUUUCAGCUCCCCAGAUAAUGUGACUACAAGGAGUGGGAUCCCUUGCUGUUGACUGGAAAAGCUAAUGCUACCCACUAUAUCAAAGAACAGGAACAUUUCCAAUUGUCUGGAAAACAUGUGCAUCGUAGCAAAAGGUCACAUUCCACGUUUACCUUGCAGCUGAACAGGAUUACACUGACAUAACGUACAAGCUUUUUCAUCAAGUUGGGGAAGAAAGUUGUUAUAAAUGAUUGUUUCCAAAAGGUGUUAGAGAUCUCAAGUAGAAGACCUUCCUGAUCAGAAGGUCUUGAUUUCAAAGCCUUCAAAAAAACAGUCACUCUGAUACUCUGCCUCAUUUAGGCAGGAAUAGCCAAUGGACAGAAAGGUUGCAAAUUGUUGUGCUACGAUGCUAAAUCUUAAAAAGAACAAAAUACAAACAUGUUCUGACUUGCCUGCUUCGUUGUGUCCUUCAAGUUGGCUGGUUAAGGCCAGUCAUUAAAGGCUGUCCAUUGGCUAACAGAUAGUUAAAAUCAUUCCUCAUGCCCACUGACCAUGGCAGGAUCUACACUGACAAAUCAUCAACAUGACGGGGAGAAAUCACUGAAGAUGUUUGGGGACAAUAAACAGUGACUUGAAUGAUCCAGCUUCCACAGUUCCAUCUGAGAACCAUUCCCAUUUGUCUCCUCUUCUACUUCUGAAAACAUCAAAAUAAUACCAUCUUCACAUUUUGCCACUUGGUUUAAAAAGAAAUUGACAUUAAUAGAACAAAAACAGAAAUAGCUAGAAAAGCUCAGUAGGCCUGGCAGCAUCUGUGGAGACAAAUCAGAAUUAAUAUUUCGGCUCUAAUGUCAUUGGACCGGAAACCUUAACUUUGAUUUCUCUCCAAGAUACUUCCAGCAAUUUCUGUUUUAUUUCUGAUUUCCAGCAUGCCAUUCUUUCAGUUUUUAUUAAUGGAACAACUUGGGACAGUGAAGUCUUGGGCUACGUUUGAUCUAACAGUCAAACAAUUUUUAAGUGCCUUAAUGAGAACAUGUAAUCUCAGUGACAGCAUUCCUUACUUUCACCAGAAAAUUGAGAUAGAUGUUACCCUCCAGUCUCUUUGUUCUGUUUGUGGUAGCUGUGAACAGUAAAGUCAAAGGGGCUCACAGGUACCUUGAAAUGAUAAAAUUGAGGGUACAGUUGACUCAAAUGCCAGCAAUAGGCCAAUGAAAUCAGGACAGAGCUCAAGCCAAGCUCAAAGAUCUCCAGUCUAAAUAAAUUAAAACAAGCUUGCCAAAUCAUUGUUCUUCAUCAUUUACUGGGAGCUGCUACACAAUUUUAAUAUGCCUUCAUGUCAGAUGUAUCAGAUUCUGUCUGUAAUUGUCCUUUUUCUUUGAUUUCACCAUGGCGGUAAAAAUUGCACUUCCUCUAUGUGACAAGCUAACCCACUCUGUUGCAGAGGCUAAAAUACCAAAAAAGGUUUUAUUUUACCUUCAAGUUGUUAUACCGGCCAUUUCCCAAGUUUAACUGUGUAGGGAAAUGGUAAUUGCAGGAGAGCUGAAUAUUCCAAGGAAGCCUCUUUGAAUGAGGUGAGCUGACACAUAAAGUUAUUCCCAAUUUCCAGAUUAUUAUUUACACCAAUUGACAGGUUCAUUGCUGUAAGAUGACAGAAGGGGGCUGAUUUGUCAAUCAUGGGUUUCCAGCAUCACCCACCACCAGCCCUUCCUGGGAAAUUGCAGGCAAUCCUUAAUAAUGAAUAGACACCCAUAGGGAACAUAUCCUCAGUUUUCCAGUUUAUCUCUCCGAAAGUGAUACUCACUCCAGGGAGUAUAUAUUUGUCAGUUUCUGUUCUCAUCACUGGUAUUUUUACCUGUGUAUUCUGAGGAAUGUGUUCUGUGAUUAUAAUUAUAAUCAGGCUCUUUAGAGUACUCUGAUUGAAUACUUCAUGUUAUGUUUUUGCUGCUCCAAAGUGUAUUUACUCUCCACAGUUUUAGCUGUAGUUUUGCAAUCAUGUAUCAUGUCCAUUUUCUCACAGAAUUCAGUGCUUCUACAGUCAUUUAAUGAAUGUCACAGUGAGGAUUACUUUGUGCACAGUGGAGAGACGGAUAUCCCCAUAUCUAGUUGAGUUAAAUAUUAGUAGUUAUACAGUACUAUACUCAGAUUUUGAAAUGAAAUUUACAAAAAAUGGGCCGGUUUGGUUCUUUUUAACAUCUUCAGCUUUCGUCCUGUUGCUGUCCACUUUGUGUAAAUUACCUAUCCAGCAUUUCAGAGGGCUUUUACAUACUUUGUAAACUGUCAUAUCCAGCCUCAAUACAUUCAUCUUGCUUUGACAAAUUAUGAAUCUACUGUAAACUCUGGUGAUCAUUGCGCAAUGAUUUGAGAUGAUGUGCUACGUUGAAUGAAACAUGAAUCAUCAAGUCACUGCAUGUUUAAUAUAUUCACCCUGGUUCAACAGUGGUAUUUUACCAUUCGGCCAACGAUUCCUGCAAAUAGUCCAACAAGAAAUUCAAUUGUAAAUCAAAUGUGUUCUCCAUUAAACCCCUAUCCAGAAACUGUUUGCAUUGGCAAGCCAUUACACUGUGUUAGAUUAUAUUGCUAUUCUUGCAGUCAACCAUGCGCAUCCUUUUGUUUUAGUGGUAAGAAUGACACCCUUGCAUUUAAAUAGCACCUGUUGUGCCUUAGGACAUGAGCAAUGCCUGGUAAUCAACAGGCAUGGCAGCCAAUUUGUGCACAGUAAGAUUCCAUAACAAGCCGUAAACGAACGACUUAAUAAUCUUCAGUCUCUGCACACUGCGAUGAACUGCAUGCCACCGCUAGUCACAUUGUUACAUCUGUUGUUUAAGCCGCUCCCUGAACUCCUUAACUGAUUUUACAUCUUCUAACCUGUAAUUCAUUCUCCUGUUAUCUGCAAUUCUACAUCCUGCUUCUUUCUCUGAUAAACAAGCACAGCUCAAGAAAUGUUCAGUCUGUUUGAUUCUGUGCAGAUCUUUUAAACGAUUAACAUUUUAAUUCACCUUUAGAUUUUGUUUAUACCAUCUAUAACUGAUACCAUUGAAUAUGGAUUCACCUCACCAACAUGAGAUUUUCCUUUUCGUGAAGAACCACAGUCCUGCAUUCCUGGAUUUCUAGGUCUAGCAUUUAAAUACUUGUCUCACUAAAUAAUUGUACCACAGGCUGAGAAAAUUGAUGGUCUAAAAUUGUGAGUAUUGUUCCAAAGUAAGCAAAUACUGUAGGUUUACAAUAACUGUUUGAUAGUUCUUAACGUGAAAUGUUUCCCCUUGUGACCCUGAAUAUAUAUGUGGUAUACUUCACAGCAACAAAAUGGCUCUUUUGUUGUUUAUUAUCUCCUUUCAAUCUCAUUAAUUCUCCCUCUCAAUCCUUAUCAUCUAUAUAGAGUCACAGAGUCAUACAGCACGGAAACAGACCCUUCAGUCCUGGCUGACCAUAAUCUCAAUCAAAACUAGUCCCACCUGCCUGCGCUUGGCCCGUAUCCUUCCAAAUAUUCCUCAUUCAUGUAAUUAUCCAAAUGUCUUUUAAAAAUUGCAAUUGUACACAAAUCUGCCGUUUCCUCUGGAUGUUCAUUCCACACACAAACACCUUGAAUUAAAAUACUUACCAAGAAACUGUAAAGAGGCUAGGCUCCCUGGAUUAGAAAAGGAUUGGGGAUGUUCCCCUCAUCUCUUUUUUAAAUCUUUCUAUUCUCACUUUAAAAAUAUUCCCACUAGUCUUGAACUUUCCCGCCCUAGGGAAAAGACACAUUAUCUAUGGCCCUCACAAUUUUCGACAACUCAACCUCGCAUGCUCCAAUGAAGAAAGUUCCCAGCCCACCCAGCCUCUCCUUAUAACUCUAACCCACCAUUCCCAGCAACAUCCUGGAAAAUCUCUAUUGAACCUCUUGCUGUCUCAGUCUAUGUCUCUCCCCCUUUAGUUAUCUCUUGACAAUCAUUUCUUUUUCCUAUCUUCUCCCCCUGAUUUUCUUUGUCCCAAACUCCCUUGGACCCACCGCCCCUUCUCUCCUCUCCCUCUGGACAUUCAUUUGACAAAACAGUGUUAUUGAAACUUCCCAGAAUUUUAGAUAAAAAUGUAUAAUUAUUGAAAACAUUGAUUAUAUCUUACAAUUGGUGUAUUUUACUGCUUUGUAACUUUUCUAAUGUCCAAUACACAGUAUUAAUUUACGUUAUUGCUGGAGAUUCUCGGUCAAACUGAAUUUUUCAAAAAAAGUUAUAGUAAAAUAAUUCUUAUUUUGUAAUAUACAAAAUUGUUCAUCAUGAAGAUGUGUAACAUUUUAGUAAUCUCAGUUCCAGCUGAUUUCAAUGGUACUUGCCAUUUUAUGUACACUUGCAGGCAACAGGUCACAGGGACCCAGCAGCAGAGACAGUCCGGCCUUUGAUAUAGUUUUGUCUGUUGAUGUUUGGCAAUUUAUUUACUGCCGAGGACAUAGAGGAAUUCUGACCUUUUUAUCUAGAAGAAAAAGUGCCGUUAGAAUUGAUUUGUUUCAAUGUAUUAUUUUUGUAAAAAUGCAAAUCCAGUCUUUUAAAAAUCAUAUUUAUACUUAAUGUUUAAAGUAAACAUUGAAAAUAAACAAUGUUAAUGACA